AAAAGCAGGACGUUUCGUGCCUGCCAAGUGCUCCAAAACAGCAGCGCCAUCAUGCAGGUGCGCGAAUGUUUUGAAACAGUUAUCCGUGGAAAGAAUUCUCUCUCUUGGGGGAGGGCAUGCAAUCCCAUUGGCUGUUUCGAUAAAUCCCACCAAUAGCGAGAAAGAUCGCAUAUGGAAUGCCCAGCAAAGGGGUAAGAAGAUAGUGUGUACAGCACAAACGGGGCUUGGUUUUGACUGCGCAUCACAUGUUGCCUGAUGCUUGGUGCAUGUAUAUCUGGAGUUUCUGCGAUAGCUGAGAUGAAAGCGGCUCGUAUUUGCAAACGAGGUGCAUGAUGGAAGGAAGGAAGGAUGGGAAAGAGGUCUUGGUAUCCAGGAAGAGGCUGCAUCUCUUAAACAGCUGCGACUGCCCAUCUGUCAUGCCGAGCGUAUUUUCACUUCCCAAGUCCAGAACAAUAGCAUUUCUCCGCCGACCAUCAACACGUUCUAUCACAAACUAUGGGUCAACUACAACCUUGGUUAAUCAUCAUCCUAGUCCUUCUGGGUUGUGCUUUGGCCGUCGUCACGAUCGCCGGAGUGGGAAGAAUGUACCUCGGCGACACCAGUGCCAAAAUCGACGGUCGACCUUCUGAUGUACAAGCAAGCUACAUGCGGGAAGUCAGGGAAAGAAACCAAAUGUCUAUUCUGCACAAGGUGCCGAGAAGAAACAUGCAGCAGUCUUAUACUCAGUAUACGGAUUACUCUUCUGCAGCUGGUGCUUGUAAGUGGUAGCCCAUGAUGUAUGCGAAAAUGGAAGAUUGACUCUUGCCGAACAGAAUUUGCUUCGUCGUCUGAACAUACAUGACAUCCAUCUAGGCAUACGAAGCCACAACAUCAGCAUACGUGCUAUAAGCAACUCCAUCCUUAGGCUCGACGGAGAACAU